AUGUCCGUCCAGACACACGUGUCCCGUCUAUGCCUUUUCCUGCUUCUCAUGUUCGCAGAGGCCGCGACAGCAUCAUCAUUGUCGCAUCCGCCGGUGCCUGGCGUUGGUUUUAGCCUCACACCAGAUUAUGGAACCGCGGCUAUCUACCUCCAGAACGGGUCCCACGUAGAAGUGGCUCGGAUCGAGGGAAGCCCGGCGUACAAGUCUUUCAUGCGCAAACGCGACAACACAACAUCAAUCGUUGAAGGCAGACCCGGCAUCUCCUUGUUGCGCAACGCCGUAUGCUCUCCACUGCAGCCGCUCGGCCUUGCCAUCUGCAAAAGGGACCCCGACUUCGACAGUUGUCAAGGCCUUUUGCGUAGCCUGCAGUCAUCGGUCGCGUCUUACCUAGGCACGACAUUUUGUUAUGCCGGCGUAGUCGUCCCUGACCAGACUUGGCAGUAUCAAGACUACAUCAUCAACAAAGCAAUCGAAUCAGUCGGUCUCCGUCUAACCCACCGGGUCUUGAGCGCUGCGAAGUUGGUUAUGUGGGCCAACCACAUUAAUAACCCAGGCACACCGCGUUACGAAACGCAAGCCGUUCUAGCAGUAGAUUACAGCGACUCUGGGCUGAGUGUUAAUCUAUUCGCCGACGACGAAGGAGUUGCGGGCGUUUUACGUCAAGUCUACGACCAGCAGCUUGGCGCAGAUCGUCGGGAACAGCCCGGCCAUCUGCAAGCCGUCAAAGAUUUACUCACAGAGGUUACUAAGGCCCCAUUGGGCCACGAUCUUUACGGACACCCCAUGCCAGAUACGAUUCAACGAGUUGUUCUUUAUGGCGAUACGGUGAUGGACGGAGGAUUCCUUGACAUCUUAAAGGCUGUUGUUGGUGAAGACGUGGUUAACAACGCCCACUCCUUUGAACCCGUCUUCGCCGCUGCGGUUGGUAUGGCAACAUCUUCUUUCGAGAGCAUGAACUGGUUGGACUUCAACGUGGAGCCUGCUUUCGGAUGUCGCUGGCGAUCGAGGCUCUAUGAUGCCCCGACAUGUCUAACAACUCGGGUACCGUCAUUGGUCACCGGCGCGAACGGCUAUCUAGGGCUCCACGUCAUCGACCAGGCUUUGAAGCGGGGGUACAACGUCCGUGGAACAGUCAGGUCUCAAAAAGCUGCCGACAAAGUCCGUGCGACCUUCCCCAACGACUAUGGCUCAAGGUUGACUACCAUCUUUAUCGAAGACCUCACCAACCCCGAGCUCUUUCGCGACGCCUUUGACCCAACGACCGUGGGCGUAAUUCACGUCGCAAGUCCUGUUCACGGCCAUGUCGAGGACAAUGUUCGCGACAUGUUGAACCCUGCCAUCAAGGGUGCCACGGGAAUCCUGGAAGCCAGCAAGCUGUACGGCGGUGCUGCUUUGAAGCGCGUGGUUCAUGUUUCUUCCUUGGCGGCGAUGCUUGACAACUCCAAGGACCCUCGUAUCGGAUACGUCUAUGACGAGUCUGACUGGAACCCAACCACAUUUGAAGAGGCAGCGUCUCUCAAAGAUCGUGUGGCUCUGUACUUGGCAUCAAAGGCGCUUUCGGAAAAGGCAGUUUGGGCAUGGAUUGAGGACAACCAGACCAAUUUCGAUCUGUGCUGCUUAAACCCUGCCCUGGUCUUGGGCCCUCACCUUGAGGAAAUUGGUAACUUGGAAGAAAUCACGUCAACUUCCAAGCUUCUUUGGCAACUCAUGGACGCCAAGGAAAUUCCGGAACUACAGUGGGCCGGAGUUGUGGACGUGCGUGACACGGCUGCUAUGCUUGUUGCGGCUGUGGAAACACCUGCGGCUGGUGGCCAGAGAUUCUUGCUCGGGCAUCACUUUGACUGGCAGACUGCCGCUGAUGCAGUCAGGGAAGCUUUGCCAGAGGUCAAGAAUCGAGUUCCCGUUGGUAGCCCGGGAACUGGUAAAAUGAAGGCUCUGGAAAACUUGUAUCAGGUUGACGGGAACGAAAUCGUGGAGGUUCUGGGUGUUGAGUACCGUCCGCUGCAGGCAACUGUAAAAGACACAUUGCAGCAGUUCCUUGAGAUAGAAAGCCGCCAGUAG